GGAGCCUGCGGGGCCGAGGCGGCGGCCGCUGCCGCGGAGCUGGGCGCCGGGACAGGAGCAAAUCCUCUAUACCAGGGACCAGGCUAAAACCAGACUGCCACUGCCCCGUCUUAAGCCCAACUGUCCUCAGAAGAGCAGCUGCUGUGAUCAUGGGUAAUAUCUUUGGAAACCUGCUCAAGAGCCUGAUUGGAAAGAAGGAGAUGCGCAUCCUCAUGGUGGGCCUAGACGCCGCAGGGAAGACCACCAUCCUGUAUAAGCUGAAGCUGGGGGAGAUCGUCACCACCAUCCCUACCAUCGGGUUCAAUGUGGAGACAGUGGAGUACAAGAACAUCAGCUUCACAGUGUGGGAUGUGGGUGGCCAGGACAAGAUUCGACCUCUCUGGAGACACUACUUCCAGAACACCCAAGGGUUGAUAUUUGUGGUCGACAGCAAUGAUCGGGAGCGAGUGAAUGAGGCCCGGGAGGAGCUGAUGAGGAUGCUGGCAGAGGAUGAACUGCGGGAUGCUGUGCUCCUUGUUUUUGCGAACAAACAGGAUUUACCUAACGCUAUGAAUGCUGCUGAGAUAACAGACAAGUUGGGCCUGCAUUCCCUGCGUCACCGCAACUGGUACAUUCAGGCCACCUGUGCCACCAGCGGGGACGGGCUGUAUGAAGGCCUGGACUGGCUGGCCAAUCAGCUCAAAAACAAGAAGUGAGAGCCAGGCAACCCUAUCUGAGCACCCUACCCACCCUGACACACCUACUGUUUCCCUGCCCCAGCCCUACCCCUUCUUUCCUGUUGUUCAGUGUGGCCAGGGCCCCGGAUAUCACGUCCCCAUGCCCAACAAGAGCCUUUUCUCCCCUCCUCCCCUCUUCUUUCCUGUUCACCAACAUGACCAGUCCCCAGUUGCUGUCCUGAUGAUGAAUCAUUCCAAUUUACCAGAUUUAAAA